CUUUAAACUUCCUUUCAAUUUGAGCUGUUUUCAGCAUAACAUAGUUAAAAAUUUGAUAUACCAGAAUGAAACAAAUUAUAUCAUACUGAAUUAGUCGACAAAAUUUCAUCUGGAGACGAUAUAACAAUUUUGUGCAAGUUACCAUCCAUCCAUGAUUCAAAAAAGAUGGACAAGAAACAAAAUCAAACGAUCAAAGAUUUUUGCAAAGAAGAUUACAUUUUAAUGUAUCUGACAUGCACCCUCGGGAUACUGAUAACAACGAUAGGAACUCUAUGCGCAACGUACAAUAUACCACAAUGGUUUGUGAACUCGAAAUUCGAAAGCAGCUUGAAGAUAGCGACGGAUUCACCAAUUUAUGCGGCGUGGAUUGACCCACCCGUCCCGAUCUACAUGAAAUUUUAUGUAUUUGAUGUUCUUAACGGAGACAAAAUUGUGAAGGGUGAAAAGCCACAUUUGCGAGAGAAAGGACCCUAUGUUUAUAGAAUGCAGGUCCCAAAAUUUAACGUUUCAUUUCAUUCAAACGGAUCCGUUUCAUUUUUCAAUAAUCACACGCUAUAUUUUGAGCGGCGCAUGUCCAGCGGUUCAGAAAAUGACGUUGUUAACACUUUAAACGUUCCCCUAGCAUCUAUGGGAAGUAUGGUUACAGACUUGCCUCCAUUUGUAUCAUAUUUUGGUAUGAUGCAGAGAAUGGUUACCAUGGCGGGUGGAAGCAAACUGUUCAGUCCACGAACGAUAAAAGAAAUUAUUUGGGGUUACCAAGAUCCCAUUUUUACAAUGCUUAACAACUUACAACUAUUCACUGGUGAGAAGGUAGAGCCAAUUUUCGGAUUUUUUCACAAGUUCAAUAACUCAGACGACGGAUCAUACCUUGUUCACACCGGAGUAAAAAAUUACAAACAAGUUCACCAAAUCAUAAAAUGGAAAGGUGAAAAAUAUCUGAAAUUUUGGUCCACGAAAUAUGCAAAUAUGAUAAAUGGAACUGACGGAUCAUUUCUUGGUCCAGAUAUUACAACGAAGGAUACGCCGUACAUGUAUUUUCCGCAAAUGUGUCGAUCGAUGAAGCUUGAAUACGAACAAGAAUCAGAAAUAAAAGGCAUAAAAACAAUGCAAUUUCAUCUUUCGGACGAUUUUUUAGCAAAUUCAACAAUAAACCCAAACAACGCUGAUUUUUGCGUUCCUCCGGGAAAUUGUUACGAUUCGGGAGUCCUAAACGUGCAGUCAAGUAUGGGGGGCGCACCUGGGUUUGUUUCCCUCCCUCAUUUCUAUAACGCGGCAGAAAAAUAUCAAAAAGCAUUUGAUGGUUUAAAUCCACAAAAAGAUGAACACGACUCUAUAUUUCACGUGGAGCCAAAAAGUGGAGCUGUACUGAAAGGCGAUAGAAAAUUACAGAUAAACAUUUUGCUGAAAUCUUCUCAGUAUUUUGAACAACUUAAACGAGUGAGAGAAUUAAUAUUUCCUGUGGUAUGGCUCGGUGGGGCAGCGGAGGUGGAUGAUGCAACUGCUAGUGAAUUGAGAUCAGUUAUGAGUAUAGUUAAAUUCAUGGGAGUUGUAUCGUACCUUAUAAUAGCUUCAGGGAUUUCGAUACUACUAGGAUUUUUCCUGUGUCUAGCAAGCAUGUGGCAUCGUGGUAAACUCACAUGUUUAAAAUCUUUUAAAAAAGGAAAAAUCAAACAGAAUAAUGUGGAAAUUAACAGAGAUGAAAUAACAUUGUGAAAUAUAAGCUUUUCAUUAUAUAUAUUUUAUCAUAAUGAUAUUAUGUUUAAAUUCAUUUUUUAUAUAAUUUAUAUAAUGGAUGACUCAAUCAGAAGUGUUACAAUUUGAUAAAUGACGCCAUAACUGCGUUUUAUAACCCAUAGUGGCGUCAUUAAAUGAAACAUAACAAUGAUAAUACCAAUUUAUUUGGAAUUCCAUUCGUGUCCUUGUAUGACUUUAGUGGCCUAUAAAUCUAUAUUUUGCCUAAAUCAAAAUGCGGAGAGACAGAGUGUAUGUACGUGCGUGCGUGCUCUCAAGUUCUGAAUGCUUUAAUGUUUGGUAAAUAUACUUUUUUCUUGCAAUGUGUUAUAUUCACAAAAAAAUUUUGCCACAAAGAAAUUAUUAAUAUAAAGGUAUUACAGUGUGAUAGCUUGAGUAAUUCUUUGAUUUCAACUAUAAACAAACUUUUUGAUUUUAUAUAUAUAUUAUUGCUUAUAUAUGCUGAUAUGCAAGUAGAUAACCUUCCAGAAAGUGAAAUAUUUUUGCACUUUUUUAACGUUUGUUUAUCUGUUUACAUGAUAUAUAUGGUGAGGUGAAACUGUGGUGAUCCUAUUUUGCACUUUAUAAUAAAAUUCAUUUUAAAUAUAUAUACA